AUGGACAGGGUGUAUGUCAAAUUAAAAAUACCAAUAUCCUUAUUUUAUCGAAUUUUAAACCGUAAAAUACCCCGCGAGUACACAAGAACUUUAUUUUGUUGUCUAUUUGGUAGCAACAUGUCGUUUUUGUUGAUUUUGAUGUUGUUCGGAGUGUGUACCUGUAACCCAGAUGCGAAGAGACUGUACGAUGAUCUGUUGAGUAAUUACAAUAGACUGAUACGGCCGGUGGAUAAGAAUAACAACACUGUCCUAGUCAAACUUGGCCUGAGGCUCUCCCAGUUGAUUGAUUUGAACCUGAAAGAUCAAAUUUUGACUACCAACGUUUGGCUGGAACAUGAAUGGGAAGAUCACAAGUUCAAAUGGGACCCCCUAGAGUAUGGAGGCCAGAGAGAGCUGUAUGUACCAUCUGAACAUAUCUGGCUCCCUGACAUCGUCUUGUAUAACAACGCUGAUGGAGAAUACGUGGUAACAACAAUGACAAAAGCUGUACUUCAUCACACCGGCAAAGUUUUGUGGACGCCACCAGCUAUUUUCAAGUCCUCAUGUGAAAUCGAUGUUCGCUAUUUUCCAUUCGACCAACAAACUUGCUUCUUGAAGUUUGGAUCUUGGAGCUACGAUGGUGAUCAGAUCGACUUGAAACAUAUCAACCAGAAGGAAGGAGACAUGGUGAAAGUGGGUAUAGAUCUGCGGGAGUACUAUCCGUCGGUAGAAUGGGACAUCCUGGGAGUGCCAGCGGAGAGACACGAGCGGUACUACCCCUGCUGCCAGGAGCCAUAUCCAGAUAUCUUCUUCAACAUAACAUUACGACGGAAGACAUUAUUUUACACUGUAAACCUGAUAGUCCCUUGCGUCGGAAUAUCGUACCUAUCGGUUCUCGUGUUUUAUUUACCAGCUGACUCAGGUGAAAAGAUCGCUUUGAGCAUUUCCAUCCUACUUUCGCAAACGAUGUUCUUCCUUCUAAUAUCCGAAAUCAUACCGUCGACGUCUCUAGCGCUACCUUUGUUGGGAAAAUACCUUCUAUUUACCAUGUUGCUAGUCGGACUAUCAGUAGUAAUUACGAUUAUAAUCUUGAACGUGCACUAUCGAAAGCCGAGUACGCAUAAAAUGGCGCCUUGGGUGAGAACGGUGUUUAUAACGAAGCUGCCGAAGCUGCUUCUGAUGCGUGUGCCCAAGGAUCUGUUACGAGAUUUAGCUGCACAGAAGAUAAUUGGAAGAAGCAUGAAGAAGAAUAAAUUCAAAGAUGCUCUAGCUGCCGCCGAGCAGACUAACUCGAACGCUUCAAGCCCUGAUUCUAUUCGCCAUCAUAUGCAGGGAGGCUGCAAUGGAUUGCAUUCUACUACUGCAACUAACAGAUUCAGUGGUUUGGUCGGCGCUUUGGGCAGUCUUGGGGCUGGAUACAACGGUCUCCCGUCGGUGAUGUCCGGUUUGGAUGAUUCUUUGAGUGAUAUCACUCCAAGGAAGAAGUAUCCGUUUGAGUUGGAGAAAGCCAUUCACAAUGUCAUGUUCAUACAGCACCACAUGCAACGUCAGGACGAGUUUAAUGCGGAAGAUCAAGACUGGGGUUUCGUCGCCAUGGUCUUAGACAGACUGUUCCUCUGGAUUUUCACCAUCGCGUCCAUCGUUGGUACCUUUGCCAUACUCUGUGAAGCGCCAUCCUUGUACGAUGAUACCAAGCCCAUAGACAUGGUGCUGUCUUCGGUCGCUCAGCAACAGUUUCUACCGGUCGACAGCGGCGACUCAUAAGACUGAUUGGGAGUGCAGAAUUGAAACAUGCAUCGCGAUAAGCAUCUCCAUACCCUAUAAUAAAAGGUUUAAUAAUAUAAAAGGAGUUCUACAAAUCCAUUUUAUAUUAGAUUGCGUCUGAUGAAUCUUAUGUGGAGUUUAGACGCUUAUCUCACUUUGAUAACCGAUUCUGAACGGUAAAAAGAGUUAUAACUUAACGAUGGCACACGUACACUAUGUGAUGAUACAAAUCGCGCUCUAUCCAACGAUCUUAAAACAGAAUUAUGUAGGUAUUAUCGUUGACAAGCUACAACGACGACGUGUGAAUUCGAUACCAUUUAACAAAGGCGCGAAUUUUGUCUAUUUCUACUUUAAUACAAAACGCAAGAUAAAUGACAGAACAUGAUAUCAAAAUAUAAUAUAAAAGUAACUUGUUUAGUAGUUUGAACGUACAAAAUGGUACUGUGGAUGUACGUGUAGUUAAUAUUAAAACAGACCGCACAUGAAAUUGAAUUCAUCCCCGUUGUUCUUUGCAUUUUCUGGAAUAUUCGGGACAUAAUCCAGAAUAAAUUGCUGAGCUGGAGUUGAGCGUUGCAUCGCAUGAUUUAUCGUGUCCAAGAAGAAGUGAUUCAUUGUCUUUGUUCUUAUCCGUAUUAUCUGCAUCUGUGGUAUAUAAUUUAACGUUUUGUACGAAACAUGGAGCAAUAACCAUUUCUAACAGUCCACUGUCUAUGCAGUUUUUACGAAAGCUUCAAUUUGAAUGACACUAUCGUUACAAAGAUGAAAAAACUUAAAGAUAUUCAAGCCUGCGCUGUCGUGCAUAGUAUCUGUUACAGAGUAAACCGAUUUUUAUAAUUAUUUUCAUGUAGG